AUGUCCUCAUCAGGAAAAGCUGCCAGUGCCCCCUCCUGCCUCUCCUUCGAGUGCUUCGACACCCUGACCAAGUCGUGCAUCAAGUGCUCCGACCUGUUCAAGGACAACACAAUGCCACAGUUCUUGCCUGCCACCGCAACCCCCAGGCUAGCCAGCCAGGUGAAAAAUGCUGCUACCCUCCUUCCUCCUUCAGCUCUUCCCCUCCUGACACUACCGGCAUCUCGCCCCACAGCAGAGCCUACCUUGGCACCCACCCUGACCAGCACCUUCCUGAUCUUUGGGGUCCCGCUGGUGGUGGGGCUCAUCCUGGUUCUGGCUGCCUUCUGUGGCUUCCUGGCCUGCAAGGUGGGAAAGCAAAGAAGAAAGAGGAAGGCAGCAGACGAAGAAGACAAAGAAAACACAGACAUUGCCAGCUCCCUGCCCAGCCAGGACCCUGUCAUGCCAGAGGGAGAUGGAGCCCUGAACCCAGCCCCAUGCCUGCAUCUUGCUGGGAGCCUGAAGAUGCCGGGGCCACCCAGGAAAGCCAGGGCAAAGCAGAGGCCAUGCUGCCAGGGCAACGGUGAUGGCGACAUUGUUCUGCUCUCCGCUGUGUACCCCCGACCUGAGGAGUGCAACCACAGCUUCCCACUGCCUGCCACUGAGCUGGGGGCCACAGCACUGGUCACCACCAAAACCACCCAGAACUGUGCCAGAGAGGAGAGAGUCUGA